GCGCCCCGGGCGGGCGCUGAGCGGGGGCCGCGUCGCGCUGCCGGCAGCAUGUCGGGAUCGCGCUGCCAGACGCUGUACCCCUUCUCCGGGGAGCGGCACCGCCAGGGGCUCCGCUUCGCCGCGGGUGAGCUGAUCACGGUGCUGCAGGUGCCGGACGGCGGCUGGUGGGAAGGGCAGAAGGAGGACGGGCUGCGCGGCUGGUUCCCGGCCAGCUACGUGCAGCUCCUGGAGCAGAAGCCCAGAAAGGCAACUCCUCACCCAGGAGAAGAUACCUUGAAUGGCCAUCUUCCCCCGGGCUGGCAGAGCUAUAUGUCUCCCCAGGGCCGCAGGUACUACGUGAACACCUUCACAAACGAGACAACCUGGGAGCGGCCAAGCAGCGUGCCUGGGACCCCGAAGAGCCCUGUGACACAGCAGAGCCCAGCAGUGAAUGGCUACCACAUUUCUGGGACCCCGGUACACCAGCUAGACUCUGCUCACAUGAACCUCCGAAAAGCCAGUGGGGACCCCCAGACCCCGGGGUCUCCGGCUGCGCCGCGGAGGCAGAGCAAGGAGAGCAGCCUGACGAUAAACUGUGUAACUUUCCCCCACCCUGACAUAAUGCCAGAGCAGCAGUUGCUGAAACCUUCAGAGUGGAGCUACUGUGAUUAUUUCUGGGCUGAUAAGAAGGAUUCGCAAGGGAACAAUACAAUGUCGGGAUUUGAAAUUCUUCUUCAAAAGCAGCUUAAAGGGAAACAAAUGCAGAAAGAAAUGGCAGAGUUCGUUCGAGAAAGGAUAAAGAUUGAGGAGGAAUAUGCUAAGAACCUGUCCAAACUGUCUCAGAAUUCCUUGGCUGCUCAGGAAGAAGGCACGCUGGGAGAGGCUUGGGCUCAGCUAAAGAAGAGUCUUGCUGAUGAAGCAGAGGUUCAUCUCAAAUUUUCUUCUAAGCUUCAGAGCGAGGUAGAGAAACCCCUGCUCAACUUCAGAGAGAACUUUAAGAAAGACAUGAAGAAGUGUGACCACCAUAUUGCAGACUUAAGGAAGCAACUGGCCAGCCGCUAUGCAGCAGUUGAAAAGGCCCGGAAAGCCUUAACAGAGAGACAGAAGGAUCUGGAAGUGAAAACACAGCAGCUGGAGGUGAAGCUCAGCAACAAGACAGAAGAGGAAAUCAAAAAGGCAAGGCGGAAGUCUACUCAGGCAGGAGAUGACCUGAUGCGUUGCGUGGAUCUUUACAAUCAAGCCCAGUCCAAGUGGUUUGAGGAAAUGGUGACCACCACUCUGGAACUUGAGAGACUAGAAGUUGAAAGGGUGGAGAUGAUUCGGCAGCAUCUCUGCCAGUAUACACAGCUGCGGCAUGAGACAGACAUGUUCAACCAAAGUACAGUAGAGCUUGUGGAUCAGCUGCUUCGGAAAGUGGAUCCUGCCAAAGACAGGGAACUGUGGGUAAAAGAACACAAAACUGGAGAUAUUCGACCUGUGGACAUGGAAAUAUAGACUGUUCUUGCAGUUGUGAUGAGCCCACUGAAUUAACCAGGCUAAUGUUUUUUUUAGGGGUCAGAAGAGCAUAGGGUAAAGGUUGUUCCAUUACCAGACACCUUGUAAUUUAUGCCUGUAUAGGCUGUCUGUUAAAUUUAGUCAUAAAAAUGGUCCUUGCUGUGCUAAGCCUUAAGCACCAAACAUUCCAGGGUGAAGAAAAUAGAUCUGUGCUUCCCACCGGAGGUUCCCAAUUGCACUCAGCUUCCAGAAGAAAUCUACUUUCUGGUACAGAGAGAGCUCUGUUCUUCAGUGACUUUUGUGCUACAUCCCUUGCAUGACUAUCGUAUAUAUUAUGUUAGAACAACCAUGCAGUGCGCUUCUGGCCGGCCAGCAAGUAGGUAACCGAACACAAUGCAGGAGGCAAGGAAGUGCUGAUCAAGAAUCCCAGGUCUGUCACUGACUGCUUUCAUAACCAUAGACAAGUCAAUAAACUUUUCAGGCUCCCGCAUCAGUAAAACAUACGUAUAUUGCAUCAGUGUUGUAUGAACACACUUAUUUUAUAUAACACAGUUUCCCACAAUGGCCCUUUGGUAAUACCUAUGGAGAAGACUCCUGUUCUUCCUGUUUUAUACUCCCUCUCAGGGAUAUAUAAACCCAUUAUCAUCAUUUUUGUGCUAGGCCAAUCUAUAAAUUUUAAAGUGUUUCCAUCCCUGUUAACAGGAAAGAUUUGGUUGUGCUGUACCUACCUCAUUGGCUGUUGGAGUGCCCUCAGUGACAGAAGGAGGUUGCAUACCAAGGAAUAAAUGAGAUGUUCUAAACCUUUCUGCUUAUGCAGGAUGUUUUCUCAUGUUAUCUUCUUAAAGACAGCCCUCUAACAUUUUGUUUGGGAUCUAGAUUUAAAUUGCUCUUUGUUAGUUUCUUCAGGUGAAUAUCAGAGCCAUUAGCUAUAUUUAUUUACCAAAUUUGUGUAGCUAAAUUGUGACUUUUAUCUUUUUAGAGCCUGAUUUUCAAAGAUACCAUUUAUCUGUGAUUCUAGACUGUAUCAGGUGUAGAUGUAUGUGCCUGGCAUUUCUGAAUCAGAUUCUUAGGGAUUUUUCCAUUCUUAUCCUUAGUGCGAACUACCAAAAAUUGAACACAGCUCCUGGUGUAGAGUGUUGUGUAGUUUGGAGACUGGUUUUCAAAAAGUAUUAAUUUUCUUCUCCCACUGUUACUUCAGAUUGUUGCUGUUGAUCUAUUUUCCACCUUCUCUUACUCAAGAUUCUUACUUCAUAUCCAGCAGAAACAGAGAGGUCUGGAGUCUCCCUCUUGGAGAUCUUCAAAAGCUGCCUGGGUAUGGUCUUGGACAAAUGCCCUGGGUGGCCCUGCUUGAACAGUGGCUUUUGACCAAAUGAUCUUUAGAGGUCCUUUCCAAACUCAACCAUUCUGUGAGUCUGUGAAACCUUCAUUCUCACCACUGUGGCCUUUCCUCGUUGUGUACUGUGGUGUUAGUUGCUGUUUCCCAAACAAUAAUAUUUCAUUUGAUCCACAUUUUUGUUAUGCUUUUGUCUCGUUGUUAACAUUCCUUUUUCCCCAGUCUCUCAUUUGUCUACUCUUCUAGGCUUUUUUUCACCAAUCUGACAUUACUGUGCCAUGAGAAGGUCACUGAGAAUUAAUCUUUACAAAUACAAGCUGAGACGCAGAGAAGUCUUAUCUAAAAUACCUUUCUAAUAUUGCUGCAAGUGAUUAUUUUUCUGGCUUGUCAUUUCAAACUUGCAUUUUCCUGUUGUUCCUUUUUUUCUUUUCCCACCAUUUAUUUACUAGUAUAGAAGAAAGGUCAGUCACCUUUUAUUCACCUAGGUUAUUCCCAUCUUGCAAAUGUCUCUUCAACUCCCUUCUUUGCUGUGUUACUAGCUUUAUAAACCUUUGCACAUCGGCAGGUGCAGUGUUGUGACUGUUGCAUGCUUAGGAUUGUUGUUCCUGGUGUUACUCAUUGUUAGAGCUGACACCUCCUGUAGUGCACUUUUGUUACAAACUUCAGAAUUUGCAGCUGCAAUUUUUAUUCUUGGUGUUGGAAGCAUCCAGCAUGCUGAUACUUGAAACAUGGUUUGCCUAAGUGUCACUCAGUCCUUGAGCUCAGUGAGACUACAUGCUCUUCCCUCGCCUCCUGUUUUGCUUGAGUGGUGAGGUUUUGUGCUAAUUUGUCUUUUUCAGUCUUCCUAUUCAUUUACGCUCUGUCCUCAGUAUGAUUCUUACUAGCAUACUGAUGUGUACUUCUAUCUCUUCCAUGCACUUUUGGAGGGCAGGUAUUUUUGGUUUGUUUUUUGUUUUCUUUAAACCACAAAUGCAUGGUGAGCUUUCCAAACUUCAAUGACCAAAAUUCAGUGAUGUACUUAAGAGCUGUAUCUAAGGUUGACCCCUGUAUUCUAAGCCAUAUUGCGAAUUAGAAUGAGCAAUCUUGAUGACCCGUCACCACAUUCGUGGUUUGAUUACAAAAACAAGCUAGUCAUGCACUUUAUAUGGUAUUCUCCUUAUUAAAUCUCUGAAAUACUCUGUUAGCAAUUACAGUUUAUUUUUUACUCACUUUUUUUUCACAGGUAUUUGUUAUUUUACCUGUUUUGGGCUGGAAAUACUGUCCAUUAGCAUAAGUUUCUCUCAGGACUGAAAUAUAUUUUGGUUCUUCAUCUAAGGUGUUCUUAAGCUGCUCUCAAUUCUCAGCUGAAUUUUCUGAUGACUUGAGGUUUAUUGGUUUUGUUUGUUUUUAAUUAUAUUAUUUCUAGACAGUUUUCCUACUUCUGCUUUUUGAUCCAUUUGAAAUGUUGCAGGAAAGCAUAAGCUGCACAGAAUGAUCAUUCUUUUGGUGAAGGCUGUAUCUUUUUUUUUUUUCUUUCAAAAUAUGAGGAGAGCACUUUUGCCUAGCUGCUGCUUACCUUUACUACGCCCAGCAAAUUCUCAUGUGGAACUACUCUGCAAUGGGUGAAAUGCUUCUUAUACAACAAGACUUAAUAAUUUUCUAGCUGGUGAAAGCAAUAGGAAUGUUUUGCUAUUGCUUGUAAAUAGUUUCCAUCUUAUUUCCUGGAAAUAAGUACCUUCAUGGUGCCACACUGCAGAAAUUGGGAUGUGAGAUACUUUGCCCAUUACAUUCUCUGACUGAUGGAUCUUGAACAACAUUGGGCAUUAAAAAUUAGGGAGCGCUCAAGACCUGAUGUUUCUGAAUUGACUGCAUCUUUAAAACUGGUAAUGGUGUGUUUGUUCUUAACAGGUGACUCUGGGAAUUUCAGCAUUGCUCUAUUUGUCUUCCAAUAAGUUGCAAAAAAUGCAGUCAUACCCAAUCUUUACUUCUCCAGACCAAGAUAAAGCUUCAUGUUAUGUUGCAGUGUGCAUGUGAAAGCAUGAGGAUGUUUCAGUGUAACUGAUCAAUAGAAACAGCAAAAUAAGUCUCUUGCCUCCAUAGGUCCUGAGCCCAGGUGUGAUCUCAUUCUUUUUCUGGCAGGCGAGUACACGCAUCGUUCAAGUUUUUACUGUUUGAGUCAUUGCAGGUAAUACACUUUUUUGUGGUUUGGUGUGGCUGUCUUGCAUCUUCACAUGGCUCUGUGGUCACAGAACAGAAAAUGGGCUUUUGAUUAGCGUUGAUUGUUUUUACCUAAAGAAGUACAGUUCAUGGGAAUUUGCCUCUGACUCCCAUCUUGUAGGCCUCCUUGCCCUGGUCUUUUUUUGAAGCAGUCUCAGUUUCAGAGGCCUGCCCCUCCUGUGCAGCUCCCUUUCUACCCAAGUAGAGGUACACUCAACCAGGUGUAAUAAUGUUCUGGUCUCAUGCUGCCAAGCCUCUGGUUUCCCAGUGAUCAAUCUCUGCUUCAACCAGAGCUUUUGAGCUCUUGUCUGAGCUAGAGGGCUUCGUGAACUCCUGUGGCUUUGAAUCCUUUGAGUGUUUUCAGUCAAUACAGAUGAAGUUUUAUGCAACUGUAACCUCAGCUUCCUUACAGAGUGCUAACAUCUUAUUCAUCGUUUGUUCCAGCCUGCCUGUAUGUUCUAUUUUCUGUAUCAAGGCACAAUUAACUCAAUAGAGAGUCCUUUUUGUAAGUCUUUCCUUGAGGUAUUCUUCUGGGUUUUUUUUCCUAACAGUAUUACUUCUGGAUCCAAUGCUGUUGGCUGAUUUCUGUUUGAAUUAAUGAGCGGAAAGUGAUGACUUAUUUGCCAUGUGAGCCACGUUCACUCUUCUCCAUCACUGUCAGGAUUCCAAUUGCUUUCAUAAAGCAAGAUCCAAAAAGGCCUAAUUCUCAGAUUUCCAACCUGCUUCAGAUUCUCUAAUGUCCGUAACCCCUGUCUGCUGGUUGCUUCUGUAUGUUGAUUCUGGUGAGUCUCAUGCAAUUUAGGAUGUUCCAUGAUUCUGUGGACUUAUGUUGAAAGACUACAGUUGUUCUCUUGCGGAAAAUCUAUUUCAUGAUUUGAUACUGAGAUCUGUAGAGAUAGUUUUAAUUUAUUUUUUUAAAUGUUAAAAGAUGGUAACAACAUUGAAAGACAUGGGAAUCCCGCUUAUAUUCUCAGAAUACUUUUUCCCCUCUGCAGCCCUGCCUGAGCUACUGUGGAGAAGCUGUGUUCCCUCCAUGUUUAACAGUUACAGUAUAUAUUGAAAUUGUUUUUCCUUCCACGCAUAACAGGUGGCAUGCAAACUUCCCUGCUUUUCUUUGCACUUCAUGCACCUUGAGUUUUGUGUUGCAGAGUUAACUGUUGUUAAUUGCAAGCCCAUGCUGUAGUGACAGCAAGUAUAGCUAUCUUGGGAUGGUGAGUUGCAUGCAAAUCACCUUUUUUUUCUUUUUUUUUUCAUAACUGGUUUCUAUAAAGCAUUCACAGGAAGCAUUUACAUGCUGGUAAAAGUCCUAACUGCCCAGACCUUCUCAGAAUGUCUUUACACUUAUAUCUUUUUUACAUUAUUCUUCAAACACUUGCUGGAAAUGAGCCUCUAUAGUCUUUGUGUAGAAAUGUGCACUCUUCUUUUGACCUUCUGUUUAGAAGCGCUCAGCACUCAGAGGUUUCUAGGAGGUGCAUAGAGUGUGCAUGGGUGAUAACAGAGACUUUGAAAAUCAGGCUACUGAUUAGAAAUGCACAAGCUUUUUCUUUUUUCUUUUCUUAGUCUUUCGGUACAUAUAUAUAAGGAAAUAGAAAUGAGAUUCUCAAAUAAUGUAUGUUGCUGUUGUAUGCUGUUCUCAGCGACUCUGUGAGUGACACUGUAGGCUGUGGUUGGAGCACAGCUCUGUAUCUUGGGCUCCUGUUGCAGCCCCAGUGAUCCAAAUCCCAAAUUAGGUGAAAAAGAGGCUCUGACCAUCUGUUUCUUCAAUCACACACAGAAAGAAAAAGGGCAUUGCUUACCCAGGUGGAUCCUUCACAAUGAUGCACCUUAGAAAUCCCAACCAGCACCUUUAAGGCACCCCUGGAGUGAGUAGAUGUGACUUGGUGUGACCAGUUGUUUGCUUUAUUCUGAAUAAAAAAACCAAAACUAUUUGCUAUUUUGUAAUAGCCAGCAUACUAUUUUGUACUAGUACAGCCUGCUGGGCAUGUUCCUAGAGAUGGGAUUCAGACUUGGUUGUCCUGGAAGAGCAGUGUGUUGUUCCCUGAUCACUGAGCUUUCUGGAACAUCUGUAGGCUUUUUGCUAUCCAGCAUGUGUUGAAAUAGGAGAAUGAAGUCCCAGAGGUGGUGGUUACCAAAGCGUUGCUGUGAAUAACUCUUGCUAUCUGGGCAUUCCUCCUGUACUCAUACAGUGAUUGGGAGGAGCUGGCUGGUGUCCUUUGGUGCAUGGUGCAGGCAUCUGGCAAUUCAUAGAGGAGCCUGCUGGUCCCAUUUAACCGGGUGGACAGUAGUCACAGACAAAUUGCAUUGUAUAUGCAAGCUAGUAAAAUAUUUAGCUGCCAAAGUGAAAUUUGAGCUUCUCAACAGUAGGCGCUCAUCUCCCUUAGAGCCCACCUGGCUCCAGUAACAGGCUCAUCUCUCUCUGAAUUUUGUUCAGCGUACUAAAAUCAGUAAUGUUGCCUUGCACCUGUUCUUUGGUGAAGGGCUCUCUGGCCAGCACCUGGUUGUGCCAGCAGGAAACCGGUAGGUGGCAACACUGCACUGAUGACUGAAGAAUGUUUUUUGGAUUUGGCAAUAGCAUCAUGUGCCACUGCACUGAACUGACUGUGAAUCAGGCUGCAUCAAGCCUCAUGUGCCAGUGUUCUCCAGGAGUUUGGAACAUGCAGUCUUUCUGUUGCACAAUGGCAGUGUCAUCUUUCGUAUCAGCAAGUCCUUGUCUUUUCCUGAGAAGAACUGUUGUUUAAAUAAUAUCCAUUACUUUGUCUAACAGUAGAUGUUAUUCACAUAAGAGUUCAUCAGUCAGUUCUUACUUCAUCAUCUUCAUUGUUACUGUACCCACUGCUCCAUUACUGAGAUACAGCACUUUCCAAGAAGUCAAGAUGAUCAAAGAACAUCUCUUUUGCUUUAAUGUGCUGCCUGAACUUCAUGCUUUUGGAUAUUUUCUGAGACUAGGGAGUGCUUGUUUUUGGCUUGUUUUGGUUUCUGUUCUGGAUUGUUCUUCCAAGCCACUGGGUUUGGAAGUGCAAUUAUUCUUUUUUGUGCUAGUCACAGCUUAUUUUCUGGAGAUAUUUUCUGAAGGGACCAACCCGUAGCACAAUUUGACUUAAAUUUCUAAUCCCAUGUUACUGAAAAUAGAAACCUUUUGUGCCUAAUGAAGCAUCUGAUUCUAACAAUUGUACAUGGACAAAACCUUCUAGAUAAAAUAAAUUCAAUAUAAAUUGUCUUAUGAUAAUAGCAUAAUAAUUACAGAAAAAAUGUAUAUAAAUUUGAAACAUUCAGAUUUAAUUCCCUCAACUUACAUUAAGUUGAAUUGUUCCAGGUGUAUCUUAAGAGACAAACUCAGUGGAUAUUCAGAACAAAAGCUUUUCAACAGCUGUAUUCAGGUUCAGUGAGUGGACAAGACCUUCAUUUUGAAUAUAGGUGGUCUUUCAAAGCUACUGAUUUCACAAACAACUGAAUAAUGGCCUGUAUCACAGCCCUACUAAAAUUCAUCCAGUAGUUCUCCUUGAAGUGCCUAUUUAAAUUGUACCUGCUACAAUCAUAUAAAAUACAUGGAUUCACCCUACGAAUUUUCAAAACUCAGGAGCAGCCAGUACGCAUCAAUCUGUGCAGGAUUCUCAACCCUCCUUCUUUGUUCUGCACUGUGCACUCUUUUUAGGGCAUCAACAUAUCCACCGACCUGCCUUUACCUCACUAAUCAUUUACAGUCCAACAUAGGCAUCAUAAAUUCUCAGUGCUGAAAAUGGAGUAGGAAAUGUUAAGCCAUAUUAAACUUAGAAGUAACUGCUUUGAAGGACAGUUACUAACUUCAUUUGCUGAUACAUCCUUCAGUAUAGGGGUCUCAGUAGAAUAAGUUUUCUGCAUAAAAGUAGUUGAGUAAGUGGCAUUUGGGAUUUAACUAGUGCUGUUUUGUAAAAAUAAACCGUAACUCUUCUUUAAAGCAUUUACUUAGAACAAUUUUGUCUGGUACUGGAAGUCUAAAGCUGAAUGAUUUCAGGAAUCUCCUAUCUGCGUGACAUGACAAUUUCACUCAUUUGAAUUAGAGAAUGCUUGACUCGCAAUCCCAUGCUCCUUUGGAUAUUUUUUGAUGUGGUGAUAGAGAUUUUCAAAAUAGCGUAUGGAAUUUUGAUAUCCAUUUACCAGUCUGUUACUACACUAUGGCAAAAACACCCUUCAUGGACAGCAACCUCUACCCCUUAUGGAAAAAAGCAGGUAGUUACUUAUAAAUUUCCUUCUGGCGGCACAAGACAAGGAAAAUUCUGCGAAACAGUUUUGCAGACAUUCCAGCAGCAGGGAUUCAAAGGUAGGCCAGGUCACCAGUCAUACAGUUAAACAGAGUUUUCUACUAAAAUGAGGUUGCUUAUUUGGUCCUUUUUGUGUAAUUUGCUAAAUAGUUUCUAAACUUUUAGAAAAGUUGUUUUUUGACAGAAUUAAUGACUUCUUUUUAAAAACGUUUAACCAAUAUUUUAUAACUUUCCAUAAAUUCUGGCUGAAAGGGCCCCUUAAAAUAGUUUAUGCAUCAUGCAGCCUCUGUCUGGGUAAUUAGUAAAUCUUGGAUCAUUGUGCAAAUUACAGGAUGGAUUUUGUUCCAUAAAGGUGCAUGAAGGAAUCAUCAAACUGAAGAAGUUGAAUGCAGAAAAGAUUUAAAGGGCAGAUCUUCAGUUUGGGUGAAGUGGCAGAGUUUGGUGGAAGAUACUUGAUGUCAGUUAUGGAUCUUGUCCUUCAGUGUUGGAGGCAUUUCCUCUACGUAAUUUCUGUCUUACUGUAAAGCUAUUUCAUAUGGUUAAACUGUAUUUUGCUAUAUUGUUCUGCAAGUUUAUAUGCACCACAGUGCUCAUCUCAUCUCCUGUAAAAUAAACUGUACAGAGACAUAUUGAGCAUGGAAUUGUCUUUACUAGACUGUUUUUUCUUCUACCAAAAGAAGAACCAUUCUUUUGAAUGCAGUGAUAUCAAAGUACACUCGGGGUGCCAUAUGCGCAUUUACUGCUUUGCUAAUGGUAGUAUGAUGAAGUUUGAAUUCGCACUCACAUCAGUAGGGUGUAAUCUGUUCAUCCAUAUCUUUUUCAGACCUUUGUGUGAUAUUCAGAUGAGUACAGUUGCUAACGUUUCAUUUUUAUUACGUAGCUAAUUUGGGUUUGAUUCUUAAACAGGCAAACUAACUGAUCACUGUGAAAAAAUAGGCAUGAGUUACAUGCUCUGUAAGUCUUGUACACCUAUUCUUUAAUCUGCAGGUUCAACAUGUACCUUGAAGCUUAGUUGAAGAGAAGACACUAUUGUCAAAUGUUGUUAAUAAGUUCUUAUGUCUCCGAUGUGUAAUACUGCUGAGACCACAGCACAGAACAAUGAGGUGUCAGCAGCUCUGCAGAACAUGAGCAUUCUUUCCCAGCAACACAGCAGCCUUGGAAGUAAAGGCAUUAUCUACACAUCUCUUAAUCCUCAGUGGAGCUUUCUCCUAAGAACUUUUCCAAUGUUGAACUCAUGUAAAAACAUAUUUUCUUCACCCACCUGCAGAAUACUGCCCUGCAGCUACAUGAUGUGUUUGUAAAAGGAAUAGAGGAAUUGCUAGUGAAGGAAAUGUCUUAAAAAUUGAUGUGGUAAGUAGUUGCAGAGUUCUCUGCACUCAGAAAAGGAAGAGACAGGUAAGACACUGAAGAAGUUCCACAUGAAGCUUGGUUUUCACAGCAGUACAUACUUAGCAAUUCUCUUUAUGAUGUGAUGGAUUUCAUUGCACCUUAUCCGCAAAGAGCGUUUUCUAGUGUGGAGGACUAUGAUAGAGCUUUGAAACCAUAGAUGAGGAGAUAAUGUAUUUGCAAUGCUGGUGUGGUGCUCUUAGAGAUGCUACAGGACCAGGAUCAGAGUGGAUGGUGGCAGUAGCAGGCCACCAUCCUAUGUCUGUGACACCUAGAUGUAAAGGGCAGAAAUUUUUACACCAUUUUGCACAAGAACACCUGUGCUAGAAUUUUGCAACCAAUACAAUAAUUUAAAAAAAAAAUCAGUUUGGAUUUCACAGUACAACUCAGCCUUUGACCCUCACAUUCGUCAGAAUUAGAAAGAACGCUGGAGGGGCAUCAGGGAUUUGAUUUCAGAACACUUUCAGAACGAAUACAUACUUUAUGCCUCAAACUGUUAUGUAAUGCUUCAGUAGUUCCUGUUAAUUAUAAAUAAAAUCCUGUCAAUUCAGUCCA